UCGUCCAUAUAAUGAAGAACCACCAGCAAUCCAUGGCCACCCCACCCCUGAUUGCUUCUAGGGUUUCCGAGAGACAGAGAGAAUACUGUCUAUGAAGAUGGGUCUCUUACUGAAGAUCACUGUGUGCCUCAUCUUACUUGCGGGAUUCUCAAAAGGCUACGACGCGAAGUAUCGAUUUGUGAAGGAAUCAAGCACCAUUGCGAGACACCCGAAUGCGAGAUACGACUACAUAAUCGUUGGAGGCGGCACAGCAGGGUGCCCACUUGCAGCCACUCUCUCACAAAACUACAGUGUCUUACUUCUAGAGAGAGGAGGCUCCCCUUAUGGCAACAUGAACAUUUCUCUGCUCCAGAACUUCCACAUCUCACUAAUGGACGCCUCUCCGGAUUCACCAACGCAGCCAUUUGUCUCGACAGAUGGAGUCAUAAAUGCCAGAGCGAAAGUUUUGGGGGGAGGGACCUGCAUCAAUGCUGGUUUUUACACCAGAGCUAGCCCUGAGUAUGUGAGAAAAAAUGGGUGGGAUGGGAAGCUUGUUAAUGAGAGUUAUCCAUGGAUUGAGAAGCAAAUUGUGCAGAAGCCAAGGGUGAAGCCAUGGCAGGCUGCUCUGAGAGAUGGGUUGUUGGAUGCAGGGGUUCAUCCCUUUAAUGGCUACACAUAUGAUCAUAUUUAUGGGACUAAGGUUGGGGGAUCAAUAUUUGAUGAGAGGGGGUUCAGGCACACUGCUGCUGAUCUUUUGCAGAGAGCUGAUGCUUCUAAUCUCAAGGUCUUGUUGCAUGCCACUGUGAAGAGGGUUGUCUUUAGGAAUAGGGCUAGAGGUGAGAAGCCUGCGGCAGUGGGAGUCGAAUUCAUCGACGAAAAAGGGGUGGACCGCAAGGUAUUUGUAGCCGAGGACUCCGGAGAGGUCAUAGUAUCAGCAGGGGCAAUAGGAAGCCCCCACUUGCUUUUGCUUAGUGGUAUAGGCCCAAGACAUGAGUUGAAGAGAUGGAGAAUUCCUGAAGUCCUGGAUCAAGAUAAUGUGGGGGAGGGGAUGGCAGAUAACCCCAUGAAUUCAGUUUAUAUACCCACAAAGAGGAUGGUGGAGCAUUCUCUGAUACAAACUGUGGGGAUCACAAAGGUGGGUUCAUUCAUUGAGGCCUCUAGUGGCUUUGGCCAGUCUUCUGAUAGCAUCAAGUGCCACCAUGGUAUCCUGUCAGCAGAGAUAGGACAGCUCUCAACUCUCCCUCCUAAGCAGAGGACCAAGGAGGCCAUUGAAGCCUUCAUCAGGAACAAGCAAGACCUUCCUAGGGAGGUUUUCAAGGGUGGGUUUAUACUUGAAAAGGUCGUCGGGCCUCUCUCUAAGGGUCAUCUCACGCUCAACAGUACCGACAUCCGAGCUAAUCCUGUAGUCACCUUCAACUACUUCAGCCAUCCUGAGGACCUCAGACGAUGCGUUAGUGGCAUCCAAAUGAUAUCAAAGAUCGCGAGAUCGAAGAGCGUGGUUCUGUUGACACAGAAUGAUGACUACACUAUGCAAAAGCUGUUAAACCUAAGUGUGGUGGCUAAUGUCAACCUCAUUCCUAAGCACCCUAAUGAUACUAAGUCCCUAGCCCAGUUUUGUAGGGACACAGUGUUAACCAUUUGGCACUACCAUGGUGGUUGUCAAGUAGGCAAGGUAGUGGACAGUGACUAUCGGGUACUUGGCGUGGAGCGCUUGCGCAUCAUCGAUGGCUCUACAUUUCUUGCAUCUCCAGGGACGAAUCCGCAGGCGACUGUCAUGAUGCUCGGCAGAUACAUGGGGGUGAAGCUUUUGAGAGAAAGGCUAGGAGCAAGAGCAGGAGUUUAGCAGAGUGUGCCCUAAUUACCUCUUAGUCGGAAGCUACUAGCUUUUUGUCUUCAUAACCUUUUUGCUUCAAGGAAAAAGUAAACAAAAAGAGCGGGACAAGCUUCCGCGUAUCAUACUAUUAGAUAUAUGAUUUUUGGAAGGGAUAGGCAAGUGUAAUCGUGAUGAUGAGUCCCAUCAAGGAUAUGGAGUGGGUCCUUGAAGGAUAGGCAAAGAUUCAGUGUAAAAAUAUCAGUCUAAUAAAUGUACCUAUUUGUUUUCUCAUACAUUAUGGAGAGUUAAGACAGCAUGUGAUCGUGCUUUUCACACUUCAAAAAAAAAAAAUAGAUCCUUCAAGUA